CCCCGCCACCGCCCCCCAUCUCCUCCCCCCCGUCCGGCGCCGCCAUCCGAGCGGCCAUGUUCGGCUCCACCAAUCCAUUCGGGCAGUCGUCCGGUAGCGCGUUCGGGCAGACAUCAAGCAACCCAUUCGGGGCCCAAUCGGCGUUCGGCCAGACCAGCGCCCCCGCCAACAACCCCUUCGGCAGCCCGACCCCCGCCUUCGGGGCGCAGACCGGGACCGCCUCGCCGUUCGGCGCUGCCUCCACCAGCCCCUUUGGCCAGACAUCCGCCCCGGCUUUCGGGGCCACAUCCACCCCUGCGUUUGGCGCCGCGUCGACUGGCGGCUUUGGCCAGCCAUCCACGCCGGCGUUCGGCACCCCGUCGUCCUCCCCGUUCGGGAGCUCCACGCCCGCCUUUGGCGCAUCGCCAACCCCUGCGUUCGGCGCCGCAUCCUCCAACUUUGGCAGCGGUUCUUUGUUUGGACAAAAGCCAAGUUUUGGGGGUUUUGGAUCAUCACCUAGCCAGUCUAGUCCCUUUGGUAGCACAUUCCAGCAAACGCAACCAACAUUUGGCAACAGCACUUUUGGCGCCACAACUACGCCGGCCUUUGGCACCACGACAACGCCAUCAUUUGGUGCCACAGCCACCCCAGCAUUUGGCUCAACAUCAACAUCCUUAUUUGGUGCUUCCAGCACCCCAGCAUUUGGUUCCACGCCGUUUGGUUCAAACACAACUCCUAGUUUUGGAUCUUCAAGUACAACAGCAUUUGGUGUGAGUAGUGCUCCAGCUUUUGGAGCUUCAACUACACCUUCAUUUGGCACAUCAACAAGUGCUUUUAGUUUUGGUUCAUCACCAGCUUUUGGACAAACAGCACCUGCAACUGGUAGCACUCCCUUUGGAACAAAUCCUUCACCUUUUGGAGCACAAACUUCUCCAUUUGGCGUGCAGACUGCAGCACCGGCAUUUGGGCAAGGUCCGCAUGGUAAUCAAUCUGGAGGAAGCAGAAUACAGCCUUAUGUGCAAACACCAGAUGCUGACAGUGCUACAAGUGGUAGUCAGCCUGCUGCAAAACUUGAUUCCAUAUCAGCCAUGCCUGCAUACAAAGAUAAGAGUCAUGAAGAAUUAAGGUGGGAAGAUUACCAGCGUGGAGACAAAGGUGGACCAAACACUUCUGUAGCUCCAGUGGCAAAUAGCUUUGCAUCUCCACAGCCGAGUUUUCAAACAAAUCCACCAACAACAGGGAAUCUAUUUGCUAAGUCCUCUCCCUUUACAUCAGGUGGUUUUGGUGCUCCUUCAAACCCAUUUUCGGCACCGACAGCUAAUCAAUUUGCACAAACAAGCAGUUCUGCAUUUUCAGCAAACACUUCGCCAUCUCUGUUUGCAAAUACCACUCCGUCGCUGUUCAACACGUCAUCGACAAGCACUAAUCCAUUUGGUACUGGCUUAUCCAUCGGUAAUAACUCGCAAUCAGCUGGGCUGUUUCAGUCUUCCCCUGCAAUUGGGCAACAGCCAUUUGGCCAGCAAUCAAGCACUUCAGCUUUCUCUGCUGGUAUAUUCAACACGUCCAACCUUGGAAUGACUGGAGGGUUGUUUAGCAGCAGUUCUUCACCUUUUCUAACAUCAACGUUUCAACAAUCUGCCCCUGGUCAAACUCCAAGCUUGUUCUCAUUCCAACCUCAGACACAACAAGCUUCUGCAGGUGGAUUCCCUGCUGUUUCCAACACGACAAAUUUGGUCCCAUUUGGACAGCAAACCACUAGCCAGUCCAAUAUGGUCAUGCAGCCGGCCCUUGUUUUAAAUCCCUUCGGGACACUUCCAGCAAUGCCUCAGAUGUCCAUUGGGAAUGGUGGAUCCUCGCCUUCUAUCCAAUAUGGAAUAUCAAGUAUGCCGGUUGCUGAGAAGCCUCUUGCAAGCAGAACAUUAUCCAUGGUGGUUCCUAGGCAUUUGUCACAGAGAAGGAUGAAAUUGCUGCCACGGAAAUAUAAUCCGACAUCUGAUGGCAAGGUUCCAUUCUUUGCUGAUGAUGAAGAGUCUUCUGCAACACCAAAAGCGGAUGCUUUUCUAAUCCCUAGAGAGAACCCUAGAAGUCUGAUAAUCCGUCCAAUCGAUCAAUGGCCUUCACGUAAUGUGGUUGACAGGCAAUCAAUUCUGAGCGAUUCAGCUGAUCCAAACAAACAAACAGAUGCUUUGGUUAGGAGGGAGCGCAAUAGCGCUUUCAUGUCACCAACUCAGUCUGGUCCAAUGGGAAAUGGCAUGUACCGUGAUGACCACCAUGCAUCAAGUGAGCUUGAGGCUGGGACACGGCGAGUGAAUGGUGCUUCUAUUGAAAAGCUCAUGCCUAAGCUCUCCCAGGCAGAUUACUUCACGGAACCUAGUCUAGAGGAGCUUGCUGCCAAGGAGCGUGCUGAACCAGGCUACUGCUGUCGGGUGAGAGACUUUGUUGUUGGACAUCAAGCCUAUGGUAGCAUCAAAUUCUUGGGAGAAACUGACAUAAGGGGCCUUGAUCUGGAGUCGAUUGUGGAAUUUAAUAACCGCGAAGUGAUUGUAUACAAGGACGAUAGCAAGAAGCCGCCGGUCGGUGAGGGUCUGAACAAAGCUGCAGUGGUGACUCUUUUGAACAUCAAGUGUGUUAACAGGAAGACAGGCGAUCAGUAUACGGAGGGUCCGAGGGUAGACAAGUACAGGGACAUGCUGGUGAAGAAAGCAGAGGAGCAGGGUGCGGAGUUCAUCUCAUUUGAUGCUUCUAAGGGUGAGUGGAAGUUCCGAGUGAAGCAUUUCAGCUCCUACGGGUUUGGUGAAGCUGAAGCAGGCGCAUUUGAUUCCUUGUAGCUUGGUUGUUAUAUGUUGUAAUGCUGUUUGUAACAACUUUUGUUCUCUGGACGCUGCUAUGGCUAGCUCUUUCCUUUCUAUGCUUUUCUAAACAAAUACUCGUACAAUCUGGUACCAGUUUGGCAUGUGUGUGGAUUGGUUAAGUAAACUGAUAGUCAUUUCUUGUCAAAUCGUACUGGACAUAUUUUCAAAACAUAAGUUUACUCUUAGAGCAUUU